AUGAUACCUAAAAGCGAAAGGGACAAUGAGCACAUUGAGAAAGCCGGCCCUCUACAAUCAUACAACCUCCUAGGCCCCGAACUCAUAGCGGUUAGGUCUCGAGCAAGACCUUUGAUAACUGCAUUCAACGCACCGAUUCCACCGGAAGCUCCCAAAUCGCAAGUAGUCUCCCAGCGACAAGACAUACUUGGAGAACUCUUUGAUUUCCCACCGUCUUUGGACUGUGUGGGCUACAUAGUUUCCAUUGGGAACGACGUUAUGAUUGGUCCUACUGUCAACAUCAUCCCAGAAGAACACGAGACCGGGAUUGAAGCGGGAAAGGCACGUAGAGGACUGGAUUUUACGGGAUCUAUUAUCAUUGGCGAUGAUUGCUAG